AUGAACUUAUUCCUAAUUGUGGGUGGUCUAAUACUUUUGCAUUGCGGAUACUCAUCACAUGAGUACCACACCGUUUUGAAAACGAAGAACUCGUUCAUCCCUUCUGAAAUCAUCAUCGAGGUGCUCAUUGGCGUCGUCAUCAUCAACCUUGGAGCAUUGAGAGCAAUUCAAAACAGGUACCGAUUCGGCAUAACCCACGAUGACGUUGUGUGGCCGCCACUGACGUUUCUUUUGCCGAUCAACUUGAGCGAGGCCAACGCAGUGAUCAAUCUGUUGGGUGUGUGUGAGCAUGAAGAGUUGGACACGAGACGGGAUUUCAUUGAUGUCAAGCAAAAAAGGAAAGAGUAUGCUGAGUGGGUGGCCAAGCAGGAAGCUUAG